CCUACAGCGUCGUUCUCUAGUACCGAUGUACUCAGAAAAUGUUAUGAUAACAUUGAAAAUAAUCUUAUAUUACAAUUGCAGUCACGUUUUCUCAGUAUUAGAAAUCUAACAAUUGUUUUAAUGAAACUGUAAAGAAUAUUUUCCUAUGAUAUCUGCAACCGUGUAAUCAAGAAUCAUAUACUUCUCAGUGAAUGGCUCCUAUGUAAUUUAAGCAUCUGCAUCUAUAUUUUAGAGCGCGCGUACUCUUCACGUCAUUAAAAUAGAAUUGUAUGAAUGGCUCCUCUCUUUCGAUGCUUCAACACUUAACGGCACAUCUGUUAGCAGGACGCAACAUAUGUACUAUCCCCGAUAACGUUUUAAAAAUAAACCAACGAUAAUUCGUUCGCCACUCACGCUCCUCGUGGAAUGUUCGUUCACUGGAGGCUUUGAGUGGCCACUACAUACUUCCACUUCCUCUACUUUCUUGUGUGAAUACACGGCCGCAUUGAGAACGUCUUUGCCUCUUAAGACUGCACUGCGUUACAUGUUUCUUCUGAGAAUGAUAGCUAACUCUGUGAUAAAGUUUUCGGGGUCAUCGGCCGCUUUCUCCUACUUAGUGAGUUCGUAUGCGUUCUUGAAUCUCUGUUAUGUCACAGCAUUUCCUACUUACUUGUUGCAAAAAGUACAAAUAUGUUCGGAAUACAAUAGGGGUACAUUAGUUAAGUUCUACAUAAUAUUUACGAUUGUAACUGUAACCAUCUUAUUUAAAUUCCUUGCGACAGUAGCGCAUACGCCGUGCUGUCUCAUAAGGAACUGCUUUUGUGACCAUUGAAUGAAUACGAAAUAUAAAUCCAGUGAGCGUUAUCCUUUAUUAAUAUCAACUUAACUGUAUUGAAUUCAAAUGUCAAUGAACUGACAAAAUUGACUAACUUUAUUUUAUACUAGGUUGCGUCAACUAACUCUACAAGGCUCUAUUAUCCAAAUUCUGUUACGUGAAUUUGCACAGGUGACAUGCUAAGCUUCAUAUGUACAAAUAUGUAAAUAAAACGUGUUCUUCCACUAGUUCCACGUUUCUAAAAUAACAAAAGCGUUGUAAACUCGGUCGGCGAAAUCUUUGCGAAGAUAUUUGUUUAUACUGUUUCGUAGUUGUUUGGUUGCGUUUCGGCUGCGUAAUCGAGGUGAUCCUUAUUCGAAUGGUAUGCGGAGCGGCGCGUCUAUUUGUUGCGUAAAACAGUUGGCCAUACGGCGGCAGCGGAGUAGGACGUCUGUACCGCGCUUGCACAAUGUUCAGUGUUUAAUUACGCGCUAUGAUAUAUCGCAAGGCUGCUCGCAUUGUUUUAACGCUACGCCUGUGCUUGAGCGCAACCACUAUGUUUAUGUGAGGAGGCUAAUUGAAUAAUCGUGCUCUGUGUUUAUAAGUGUUGGAUUUCUGUGAGUUAUAGUGUAAACUGUGCAAAUGGUUAGAAAGAUUAUUGUCAUCGGCAUACAGCAUUACGAGGAUCCGUUCUAUAAGCAUGUGACGGGUGCAAGCGGACCGCCAGCAGGAUGCGGUCAUCAAAGAAACAGAUCACUAGAUUCCGUUCUUCAGCGGAUACCAGAAGACAUGACACCAACGUCGCCGGAGGGGGCGCCACUUCGAUUACCUAUCGAAGUGCCCGCUCCGAGACUAGCGCUUCCACCAGAGGUGCCCACCGGCUCCGACGACUCCGGCAUUCACACUCCUCCUGAUGGCAAUGAUGAAGAACGACCACAACCACCAGCCGCUGCUAGAUCUAGAGAAAGUCUUGAUUCCGGUAAUCCAGAAGACACUGAUAAACCGCCUGACCCUUCAGAAAUAAUAGUGGAUUCGGUAGUGAAAUCUGAUGUUUGUGCCGCAGAAACAUCGAAAAACAAAGACUUUCUGCUCCGGUUGUUUGAAAGUAAAUUGUUUGAUAUGAGCAUGGCAAUUUCAUAUCUGUUCAACUCGAAAGAGCCAGGCGUUCAGACCUACCUGGCGAACAAAUUAUUUUCAUUCCCAUACGAGGAUGUGGAUUUCUACCUGCCACAAAUAGCAACCAUGUAUAUAGAAAUGAGCGAUGUGGCAGACGUGCUGAAACCGUAUUUGGUGCACAGGUGUAAACAAAGUGCUGAGUUUUCACUUAGGCUGGCGUGGUUAUUGACGGCUUUUGGUGGAGAUGUUAAAAGGUCGAGGGCGACGAAACUAAGAGAUUCCAUUUUGGCGGAGGAGAUCAGGCCUGCGGCGAGGCGAGGCCACCAUAGGUCGCAGUCUGACGCAUCAGCGUUGAGGCUUGCGGUUCCUUCUGGAAGGCAUUUGGGAGACCUUGCCUCUGGUCGUGCUUUCGACAACGGUUGCCUAUGUGGAGAGCAGUGUUCGUGUGGAGCACCACGAUUAGCACCUCAAAUUCAGUUUCUGACGUCACUGACAAACAUCGGGCGUCGUCUAGCCGGGGUGGCGGACAAGGAGCGCCGUAACGGGCGUCUCAGGGCCGAACUAGCGACAUUAGACCUCAACCUGCCGGCGAGGGUGUGGCUGCCGCUACACCAGAGGCCGCACUAUGUACUCAGGAUACCACCACAUGCAGCCGCCGUGCUUAACAGCAAGGAUAAGGCACCUUACAUAAUGUACGUGGAGGUCCUAGAGACGGACGGGCACGAGCCCCUGCCCCCGCGCUUGCUGCCCCCUGCGCCGCCAGCCCCGCACUCACCUCCCAUCCGACACACGAAGAGCGAGGAGAACUUAGUACCGGAGUGGCCAGCCCUAUCUUUGUACUCUGGCUUGGAUGAUGGUGACGCUGGUGACUGUUGGAGCCAUGAUGACGAGGAACUCAGCACUCAGUACUCGCAUAGAGCGCCCGCGCCGGAUAGCUUGUCUCAGGUGUCAGCCGUAUCAGCGCUAUCAACAUCCUCCUGCGGCUCUCGCGAGUCAGUAGCUGUGGGCGCCGGUGAGGUGCGACGGCGAUUAGCGGACGCGACCGCCGCGCCGCCACCGAACGCCUUCCGACAUGAUCCUGCGGACCCCUCUGCUACAGCGUUAAAGGAAUCAUGGGAGAGCAAGUUAUCCCGCAUGCGGUCGUCGUCCCCGUACGGCGCGCUGAGCGGCUGGCGGCUGCUGGGCUGCAUCGUGAAGGUGGGCGACGACCUGCGCCAGGAGAUGCUGGCGGCGCAGCUGCUGCGGCGCCUGCAGGCCGCCUGGGCCGCCGAGAGGGUGCCGCUCAAGCUGCGGCCCUACGAGAUCCUGUGUCUCGACAAGGAGUGCGGGCUCAUACAGCCGGUCCUAAACUCAGUAUCACUGCAUCAAAUAAAGAAGCAGUCUGGCAAGACUCUUCGAGCGUGGUUGGAGCUAGAACACGGCCCGCCCAACAGCGAAGGGUUCCUUCGAGCGCAAAACAACUUCGUGGAGUCGGCUGCUGCGUAUGCGCUCACCAGCUAUCUAUUACAGCUGAAGGAUAGGCAUAAUGGAAACAUUUUGUUAGAUAGCACGGGUCACAUCAUCCACAUAGAUUUCGGAUUCAUUUUUUCGAUAUCACCCAAGAAUUUAGGAUUUGAGAGUUCACCAUUUAAGUUGACGCAAGAGUUCGUAGAGGUGAUGGACGGCGAGAAUUCAGACAUGUUCCAGUACUUCAAGAUUCUGAUUUUGCGCGGACUCAUCGCGGCGCGCAAGCACUGCGAUCAGAUAAUACACGUCGUCGAACUUAUGCGCAUGGGCGGGCAGCUGGCGUGCCUGCGCUCGCACAGCGCGGUGUCGUCGUUCCGCGCGCGCUUCCACGCGGGCCGCACGGAGCCGCAGCUGCAGGCGCUGGUGGACAAGCUGGUGCGCGACGCGCUGCACUCGCUGUCCACGCGCCUCUACGACAACUACCAGUACUACACCAACGGCAUCCUCUAGCCGCCCCCCACCCGCUGAACUAGCCGCCCUUUAAAUCCUCGUCUAGUGUUUUGUCUUAAUUUUGACCCUUAUGCGACCCUCCGGCCGAGUGCUCGGAACACCAAGGAACGUGCCCCGAUAGUCAAUGUUCUUUAGUGUCAGACUGUACAUAUUCAUGACGCCAAUCCGAUAUAAGUAAUUAUUCAAAUUUUUAGGAUUGAGCCUACUGUGAAUGUGAUUUUUUGCAUGUGAAUUCCUGCUGUCGAUGGUCGAUAAGGGUAAAUUAAUUCCUAAGUUUCGUUAUUAUAGCUUGCAAUAUGAGCACCUUCACUUCGAAAUGUCUAGUUGAAAGUUUCUUAAGUAAUAUUUGAAUUGAAUGUGUUAUCGCUCUCUUACUGAAACUCAAUUUUUCUCAUUAUACAGAGUGUUAAAUGAGAGUUGAAAUUGAUCUUUCAAUACUUAUAUUGGUUUAGAACAACUGAGAUUCACGAACAUGUCACAGGAACAUGUAAGCUUACAUCACGUAGAUUUUGUAAAUUUUAGUGCCAUAACCCUACUGACACGCUGUACCUUGGAAUCUUAGUCUUAUUUGCUCAAGCAUUAACACUCUAUCAUUCACAAAAUAUGUUUGACCCGUCCACUGUAGAACCCUUUAGUGCUUUGUAAAAAUAACAGAUUGACAGAUUUAUAUUUUUCAUGUAUAAAGGUUACUGUGCGAAUAGAAUGUUAUAAAAUUCUAAAAUAAAAUAUGUAAAUAAUAAAAUGAAAUUAUGAUAAUUUUCGCAAUGAGAAGACUGAUUGUUCAGGCAUGAAGAGUGGUUUAGAUUUAGGUUUCUUAGCCGAUUAAAUUUAAGUUUUAUCCUGUAUGUACAUUGGAAAACGAGAAUGCGGAGCGAAUGAUAAAUUGCUGUUACUGACAUGAAUGUGAACGAUAUGCCAAAGGAACGUGAAAAUGGCAUUGUUUUAGAUGUUAAAUACUUUAGAAUAAUACGGAAAUCGAAAAUCUUAUUGUUAAAUGUCCAACGCUAGAUAGACUCGGAUACACCAAAAUAAUAUAGGUGGAUCUAUAUAACAAAAUAGACGUUUUAUGAAUUUUAUCAAUGUAUGUAUGAUAAUGGAGUUAUUGUUAUUCUGUGUUGUGGGCAGUGUUGCCGCUAGGUAGGUAAUGGAACCAAUAUUGUACUAUUAAAAUGAAGGAGUAAACGUUAAUUAGAAUAUACCUCGUAUCAUUGACCUCUCGACAUCUACAAGGUUUAAAAAGGGAGUGAGAAUGUUGCCAAAUUUUUAACUAUAGCAAUGACGAGAUGCUUAUAUUUUUCGAUCUGUCCACUCUAAUAUUUCAGAAUAUCUCCUCAAUUUAACUGACAUAGAAAAUAAUAAAGAUACGGUAGAGCCCUGUAUAAUCGGAGUGUUUGUUAUAAAAGACUUUACUCUCCACAUUAUUGUAUUAGGAAUUUUAUGACAGAGGAACAUAGCAACAAUAGUAAUUUAUGUACGUUUAAGUCGUGCCUUUGAUCGUUUCUCUUUGUUAUUUAUAUUUAUAAUCCUCUACAUAAGAUUCCUUAAAGACGUUCAGCGUCUCUUUCGCAGAUAUUCCAAUACCGGUUUACUAGGGCUAUGCUGCUAGGUAAAACGGAAGUCAGUCACGGUUUAAGGAUAUUAUAGAUCAAUAAAUAUGACUGAUUUUCAAAUGGCAAGAAUGUCUGUCAAGGCAGGGAUGUAUAUACCGUGCAUUUUAUUUUAUGACGUCUAUAUAAUUUAUAUUUCUUGUAUAUUACGAUAAUUAACUAGUUACAGUGUCAUGUUUUAGUUGACACCCUACAUUUGGGGUCAGUUUAUAUUGUUGCUUUGGUUUUGUGUAUUGAAACGCUAGAAAUGCAAAGUGCAGUGCAGUCAUUGAUAUCAAUCCCGUUGGAGUGAAGAUGGCUGGGGCUCAUGUGGGGUCUGGAUAUGAAUCAAGCAAUAAUAUGCCUUAAAAUAGCAUAGUUUUAGAUGAUAUUGUUUGCGCUCUUUGUACUUAUUUCUUCCGCUAGCCGGCAUGCAAUUCUCCGAUAUAAACUGGCCCUAAUACUGCUACUCAUAGUUUUGUAUAAAUUGCCUCUCAGCUUAAAAUAUAUCCGUAUUUAUUAUGUACCCUUAUAUUUGUGUGUGGGUGAACUAUAUGUCACGUUUGACGAAUAGAUAGUAUAUAAUUGACGUACCUUUAAAUAUUAUAUUCAUUAUAGUCUCAUAUUUGUUUCAAGUUGAAAUUUAUAUCUGUAUAUAAACGUUUUCGCUUACGGUAAAUAUUAAAUUAUUCUGUUUAAGAAAAUAUUGCAAAUGUCCGAUAAUCGAGAUAACUUUCUCCUCGAAAUUAAUUCGUUAUUUAUCAUCAUGUACAGGUAAUUGUAAGUAGGUACUCUAACAUCUAUCGUUUAUCUUAAUUUUUUAAAUAUACAUAAUCAUGAUUUUU